CUUGCCACGGCCAUCCCCUCUCUAUACAGGCGGAUGGAAACCUAGGCCUUUUUUGCUGGGCGUCUUUUAACAACGCCGUAGCGCCGCCGCCGCCGCUGUCAUUCAAAGCAAAACAUGCGUUUGUUCACAAAGUGUAGAUAUUCUACGGGUGCUCCACUGCGAACUGCCCAAAAGGGUGCAUGCCCACUCGUGUGUUUGGCCACAGUCGGCAAUGUCGAACAACAGCCGCCGGCUGUUCCGAAAACAACUGAGCGCAGGCGGCGAUUAGUGGGAUCAGAUUGCAAUCAGGGACCCCGAUGCUCACGCUGUGAUUGCUCCCCGCUGGCUGUGAAAUAGCACGGUUCUCACACAAUACCUAAAAAUUUUUCCCGCUUUGCUUUGCUUCUCUGAAUUGCUUUUGUCAUUUUUCCACUUUCGCAAAGGUAGGGCACAGUC